UGUGUUUAGUUUCCUCUUGCACCUCGAUUGGAGUAUUGAAGUUUGGCAAUACUGGUUCGUACACUAUAUACAGCACAUCACCUUCUACUCAACGGAAAAGGUUUUAGGAGGAAACAAGAAAAAAACGUUGUUGCAAAUUUAAAGUGCUGAAUUAUGUUUCAAAGAAAAUAAUCUUUUUUCAUUGACACAACACGUACGGAAUGUACAAUGAAUGCCUUACUUGAAUAUGGAAGCGGCACUGAUGACGAUGAUGACAGUGAUGAAAAAGAGGAUACUGGAGAAGAAAAACGGACGCAACCAGAGAAAGUAUGCGACUUCUUCAACUUCGACUCAGUGGUGGAAUGUGAUGACUACCAGCCGAAAACGAAAGUUUUAAAAAGAGAAUUUACGUUAUCAUCAGGUCUGUCUGUCGAAAUGCCUGUCGAAGAAUUCUGGGAAUCUGUUUCUGCAGAUGAUAUAAAGCUGGUCUCAGAAAGGAAACCAUCAAAGUCAUGUUACAUUUCAAAAGAGUGCAAAGCAAAGCAAACAUUUGGUAACGUUAGAGGUUCACACGAAACCUUCAACAACCAAAAUAGAAGCGACUUGGAAUCUAAAAUGCAUGGUGUUAAAAAGGAAGUUCCAACACAGUGCAUGCAUUCACAUUUAGUUAGAACAAAGGCUCUUUCAGAAAUUGAUGAACAAACAAGAAUUUUCAAACAUGUUGGAGAAGGUACUUUAGACAAGCAACAGGUUUACUCAGGACAAGAUCAAGUUGAAGAUAAACAUGUGAGAAUAAAUGCUGAUAAUCACAUCAACCACAGAAAAUUGCUUUACCUGCAUUCUAAAAUCAAACCUCAUCUAAAUAGAAAAAUGUUCUUUAAGAUACCAAACAAUAGAAACAAAACAUUACAGGCCAUUUCAGGUCCAGUGAACAGAGUAAAAUGGAACAAUCCAAUGUAUAGUCAUUUACUUAUGUCUGUCUCAAUGGAUGGCACAGUCAAGUUGUGGAACUUCUGGUCCAGCUUAGACCAUUGUGUCCAGACAGUCAGCGUUCAUACAAAGGCAGUGAAAGAUGCUUGCUGGAGCCAAUCUGGGAAAGAAAUUAUUUCCUGCGGCUAUGAUAAAGUGGCAAUCAUAUCAGAUGUUGAUAGAGGUAAACAAUUGGCGAUUUUUCGACAUGAAAACUAUGUGAAUUGUGUAAAGUGUCACCCAGAUAAUACCAACGUGUUUGUGUCUGGAUCCUAUAACAUACUACAAGCCUGGGACAAACGGACACCGGACCAACCUGUGCGGGAGUUCAUCUACAAGGACAGCACUGGGCAGGUCCAAGAUGUAAUAUUUUCAGCAGAUGGGAGCAGUAUAUUCUCUAGCUGUGAUUUACUGAGUCGUGACUCCGCAGAUAGGAAUGUGAUGGCCUGGGACUUCAGAAGUGGAGUGGUUCUGUCCAACCAGAUAUACCAGGAAAGAUACAGCUGUACAAGGCUCAAGCUACACCCGACAGAGGGCCACUUUCUAGCUCAAACAAAUGGAGACUACAUUGCAAUCUUCUCCACACAGAAGCCCUACAAACUCAACAAGGCCAAACGCUUUCAGGGUCACAAGGGACUUGGCUAUGCUGUUGGAUUUGACGUGUCUGUAGAAGGGUCACUGGUGGCAAGUGGCAGUGCUGAUGGCAAUAUUUAUUUUUACAAUUACCAUACUGGACGUCUUCUCCGCACUCUGACCACAGAUCUGGACGUCUGUACAGAUGUCGCCCUACAUCCUGUAUUGCCCAGCACUGUGGCAUGUUGUGGAUGGAACGGGCAUGUAAAGGUAUGGAGGUGACCUUUACAGUCCAAUACGUAGAAAAAUGAAUUACCUUUACUUACAGAUGUGAAAGAGAGAGUAUAGGGUUUGGAAAGGAAACUGACAUAUAAAAUAAGAAUCAUUUUGGAUGCAAUGGACAAACAUUAGCGUUGAAGUGACUUCUGUUGACCAACAUAAUGUUGUGAAUGGAAUGGACAAAAUCAGGUCUGGAGACCACUAAUGCAUGUGUUGUGCCCAGAAGGGCACUCAUAAUCACCAACACAUUUUAACUUGUACCUGUCAACUCUAAUUUGGAUGGUGCGUUAUUCUGCAAGAUUCUGUUAGAAUUGUUGCACCUUGAAUAUCUCUUCUGCUAUGUAUCAAUACAUAUUGAAAAGUAAGAGUGCACAUCUAAAUCAAUAAAAACUCCAAUACAGAAUAAGAUAUGGAUGAAAUGUUUAUUGAUGUAUGUUAGAAAAGCGUAAAAACACAAUACCCAUCAACACAAAACAUAUACUCUGUGUAGCACUACCGUAAAUAUGCUGAGUUUGUGUACAAAUAAAUAUUCAAACAAAAUAUUUUCAUAAAAUAAAAUUGUAUGAUAAGCAAAAACAAACUGAUUUAUUCAAAACAAAUAACAAUAAAUAAAAGUCUGUCUAUCAACAAAAUAUCAGAAAUUACUCUCAUCAUACUUUACUACUGACAAUGAGGAGUUCAAACAUAGCGCCUUGGUGGUUAUAUUGCUGGGAUGUUUGGUUCAAAUGUUUAUAUUUACAGAUGUUUACAUUAAGGGUAUAAACAAAGUCAUUUACAGUCAUGGCUGAACAAAACGUAUUCAUUUAAGCAUACUCAAGGUUUUGAGAUAAAAACAUUGACUACCAGUCGCUUGUUUCCACAACCUACAUAUGUACUUAAGAUGAAAUAGGCGGUAUUUCACCGACAUGUACAACAAUGUACACAAAGUCUGAUAUGAUACAGACAAUAAUGAAUUGGUUUGUAAAUGUUUCAGGACAUGAACUGUAUGUUGCAUCAGGUAAAUCUUUAAUUCACUGCUUCACAAAUUCAUAUGAUACAGAAAAUAAUGAAUUGGUUUGUAAUGUUUCAGGAUAUGAACUUGUAUGUCACAUCAGGUAAAUCUUUCACUGCUUCACAAAUUCAUGAUACAGAUGUAACUUGACUUAUUUAAGCAGUAGCAGAAACUUAUAUUUCAAAUACAUUUUAAUUCAUAUAUUUAUGUACCAUCUGAGUAAUUAAUAACAAAACUGAUUUUAGUUUCUUUUAGCAGUUGCAUGAGAUUGUGUAUGUAAAGUAAAGUAAAUCAUUCACUGCUACAGAUAUUCAUAUAAAAUGGAAAUCAACAAAACGACAUUGUGACCUGGGAGACAUUUCAAACUUAAAAUGUGAAGUAGGCAGUGGUAGUUAGUCUGAAAAGAUAUACAUGUACAAUGCAUUUCUCCGACAAUAUACCUGCAAUCUUUAUUUGAAAUCAAAAUGUUUUGAAGCAGCACUUUAGAUAAUCAUACAAUUGAAAGAUCACAACACAUAAAUCAGUAAAAUCACCCAACAAACUGAUAUACAUGCAAUUGUAUGAUUUGAACUUUUGUGGCAAUGUACUAACAUUUUUGUAGAAAAAAUGGGUCGGGGUGGGGUAUUCAUUUCCAAUAAAUAACACAUACAAUAUCAUUUGACUGCAUACAAGAUGAACUUAAUACUAUGACAGACUUUACAUUGGGAUAUCUUGAAGGACAGAUUUUUCUGUCUUUCUUAAAUGAUUCAGUCUCUGUUAAUGUUGGGCAACCAAACUCAUGCUGUGUAUUUGUGACAUGGGUAUCUAGUUUUAUGGCAGAACCGACUGUUCUCCUUCAUAACAAACCCUAAAUAGAUGUUCUCGUCAUGACCAGACCCUAGAAAUCCUUUUGUUUUUUGUAAACCUGUUGUUUUGGUCCAGGUACUCAGAAUUCCAGAACACUUGUGAUAUCUUGUAACUUAUUAAUUAAUGUCAAUAAAAUAAACAUGACAUUCAAUUGAUUUGUUGAAUAAGCUAAAUAUCAAGAACUUUGUAUGCCAAACUUAAUCCAGUAUCAUAUACAAAUAAAAAUUAAUGUCAACACUUA